AAACAGUGGAGGGAAAAGAGGUCUACUCCUCCUCACUCCUCUUCCUUCAUUCACAGAGUAACCUCUGAGCCGAGACCCUUCUCCUGCUUGGAUGGACCCUCAGAGCUGUGAAACUCUUGUUUUUGCUGAUGGCUCUGCAUGGAAACUGAGGAUCUGAGCUGAUUGUUGUAUCUCCUGCUGUGUGUGUGGGGGGGAAGCUGAGCCGCAGUGAGUUUGCCAUGAACUUUAGUUGGACUUGAGGAGCUUCCAGAGCUGCUGUCUGGAGGGAAGAUUUUUAGUCCCAGAAGGAUUCAGGGGGGUGUCGUGUGAAAGGAGACAGGACUGAUUUAAACAUUGACUCCAGUUUUUCAAGCUUUCGCCCCUGGACCACGAUGAGUUCAGACGUGCGUGACCUGAACUCCCUGCUGCCCUCGGUCCCACCGGGCCCCAGUCCUGGCUGCACGGCCCUGCCCGUCAGCACGGCCCCUCAGUGGGCUCCUGUCCUGGACUUCCACACCGCCGCCUCCCCGUACCCCUCUCUGGCUGCUCCCCACUCCUCUCUAGGGCCCCACUCCUUUAUCAAACAGGAGCCAAGCUGGGGAGCCACAGGGGACCCCCACCACCACGACGCAGACCCCCACUGCGGCCUCAGUGCUUUCACCGUGCAUUUCUCGGGUCAGUUCACGGGCACCGGGGCCUGCAGGUACGGGGCGGCUUUCGGGGCGCCCCCUCCUCCCGCUCCGGCGGCACCCAGCCAGCCUACGCCUGUGGCAGCCCCCCACCACCACCAGCCCCCCAGCAGGAUGUUCAGCAACCCGUCGUACCUGAGCAGCUGUAUGGACACCCGCCGGUAUCCAGACCCGCACCCCCUUCUUACCUGUUACAGCACGGUGGCGUUCGAUGGAGCCGGUAAUUACGGGCACACUCCUACGCACCACAGCUCGCAGUUCUCCGGCCACUCCUUCAAGCACGAAGACGCUCUAACCCAGCCGAACACAAUGGCUGAGCAGCAGUAUCCCGUACCUCCUCCCGUUUAUGGCUGCCACACACCUUCGGACAGCUGCACUAGCAGCCAGGCUCUGCUGCUGAGGAAUCCCUACAACAGCGGUGACAAUUUAUAUCAAAUGACAUCUCAGUUGGAGUGUGUGGCAUGGAACCCUGUCAAUACACUGGCAUCCACCUUUAAGAGGCUGUACCCCACCUCUCACCCAAUAGUCGCUGGAGACAGACAUCCCAACAGCCACCUCUCCCCGUCUCACCCCCUCUACAAGGAUAACCAUGCGCCGGGCUACGACAGCGACCCCAGCACGCCGAUGGUGUACAGCUGCAGCACGCAGUACCGCAUACACACGCACGGAGUCUUCAGGGGCAUUCAGGAUGUGCGGCGGGUUCCCAGCAUCGCUCCAGCCAUAGUGCGAUCAGAGACCAGCGAAAAGCGUCCGUUCAUGUGUGCUUACCCGGGAUGUAACAAGCGCUACUUCAAGCUGUCGCAUCUACAAAUGCACGGUCGUAAGCAUACAGGGGAGAAACCGUACCGAUGUGACUUCACAGACUGCGGCCGCAGUUUUUCCCGCUCCGACCAGCUGAAAAGGCACCAGAGGAGGCACACAGGAGUUAGACCAUUCGAAUGCGAGACGUGUCAGAGAAAGUUCUCUCGGUCUGACCACCUUAAGACACACACACGGACUCAUACAGGUAAAACAAGCGAGAAGCCGUUUAACUGUCGGUGGCCGAACUGCCAGAAGAAGUUCGCCCGGAGCGACGAGUUGGUGCGGCACCACAACAUGCACCAGAGGAACCUCACCAAGCUCCAGAUCUCCAUCUGAGCCACAGUUUUAAACACGCAGCUUACUCCUGAUGUGGAAGUGAAAUUCUCUGAGCAGUCCAUAGAGUCCGACUGAAGAGUUAUCAUUUUAGAUUACAUAAAAAAAACAAAAAAAACGUUUUAAAGCUUCAGAAUCUCAACAAAACUGUCCGUUGGCAUCAGUCCUGGCUUUUCUCUAUUAUUGUCAUGAAUUGUUGUGGUUUGAAAACCUUCUUUAGACUUUGUGGCUUACAAUACUGUGCAGAAUUGUUAAACCAUCUACCGUUCUAUAUACUUUUCCUUGGAUUAUUUUAAAGUCAUGAGGAUGAAUAUUUCUCAAGGAUUUCUUUUUUUUUAAAGGUAAAUCAAAUUGAUCUUAUUCCUGUAGGUUUUUUUAAAAGAAGAAAAAGAAAAACAGGCAAUGAAAGACCAAAAAUAAAAGUUUCAGCUGCCUGAGACUAUCACCGGAGAACUGGCUCUGCCUUUCCACCAAGUCUUUGUUGGUACAGAAGUAAAAACUGUGACAACCUUUUUUUUUUAAACUCAACAUAGUUUAGUUUGAAUUCUAAUCAAAACACUAACCUUAAGAUUUAAUAAAAACCUAUUUGUUCAAUAUUACCCAUCAUACAGGCGAGUUGGGGUGUUAAUUACAGUAUAAAACCACAAUGGCUCUUAAUAACUUUGGCUAAGAAUGAUUAGUGGAGCACCUGCCAAAUAAUGAAAAAUGUUUUUAAAUAUAGAUAUAAGCUGUUUGGGCAGUGUUUCAGUUGUUUUUUUGGGUUUUAUUUUGAAAACUGCUAAAUAAAUGCAUUUAAUUAUCACCAGUAAUAUUUAAUAUAUCUUUUUUAACGUCAUUUGGUCAGAAACUGUGCUUUUUUUUGACAUCAUGUUCUACAAAUACCAACGUUCCAAAGAAGAAAAUGUAUUCAUUGUCUUGAAACACUUUGAAAAAAGUGUUUUUCUUCACUUUAAAACCUAGCAAUAGAAACUAAAUUGGGGUAUUUUAAAAAUCACAGCAAACAUUUCAGCUUUUAUUUAGCGGGGCUGAUGGUGAAAAAAGGUCAGUGGGUUGUGAAAGUUACAGAAACCUGAUUUAAAGUGUAAAAUAUAAUUGUAACGCUGUGCAUUAACAAUUGUUGUGAUGUGGCCAAAAGGCAACUUGGAACUGGGAACCACAUUGAACAGAAUUAGGGUCCAAUAUAAAUUUUUUAUUAAAAUAAUUAUUCUUUAGAUUUGGGCAUUUUUUAUGAUUUAUUUAGCCAUUUCUACAAAAUACAAAGCUAAAUAAAAUGUUGUCCACUGUUAAAAUGCAAAGUCCCAAAUGGUUUAUUAGUGAGUAAGAAAUUAUUGCAGAUUAGGACAAAAAGUCAAUAUAUGGUUAGGGGAUGAACUGUUGAAGGUGAAGCUGUUCCAAAGACAUCACAAUAAAAGCCUGUUUUUCACGCCCAGAAAAGCUCUAAAAUAUUGAAAAAAGCACCAACUCUAUCCCUAAAUUCUUAUAAAAAAAAUAUAUAUCUAUUUAGUGUUUAUUUUCAAUGCAAUCUUAGACAGCAGGUAAUCUCACAUCACCCUGUGUGAGUUAAAAAAAUGCUGCAGAAAUGAAAAUUCUUACUGAUCAUUAAAAAAAAUAAAAUUCGUCAUAGAUGUACAAAUUGUGUUUUUCCAAGCUCUUCGCAACAUAUAAAUGCUUUUGUCCCAAAUUUAGUAACUGAUGUUUGGUCUUUUCUUGAAAUUAAAUGCAAUGUCAGCCAGUCCCUACAAGUUACUAGAGAAAUGUGUUGUUGUUUUUUUUAUACAGAUGUCUCCAAAUCCAAAACUCACAACAUCGUACGUAUGAAAACUUUGUGGAAAUGUUAGCAACAUCUUAAUCUGCUUGUAUUUACUGUAAAAGACCUUCAUAAAUGUUCUCACCUUGACUAAAUGAAACAUUUCAUAAUGUCUUCCGGAGAUGAGGUCGAAUGUUCAUUGUCCAUCAGCUUUGCACCUUUUUGGAUGUUGUAGAUAUCUCUAAUGUGGAACUACUUUGGAAACAGUGGCAGUUUUUUGUUAAGGGCAGUUGCCCAGGGUGUAAUUAGUGAGGGGGGGGCAAGAUCCUUUUUGUCUCUGUUGGGGAACAGAUGAAAGGUAUCGCCCAUGGCAGCAUUCAUGCAACAACCGCCACUGUUUGGAAAGGCUUAUUUAUUUUCUCAUAGUCGACAACAAUUGCUUUCACUGGAACUGUUUGAAGAAGAGGAGAUCUCACUCUAUCUUUCUAUGUAAAAAAAAAAAAAAAACAUCUUAAUUUUCAGAAUACACAGCUAAAGCUAGCUUUUAACCAGAACUGGUUACUUCUUAUCUCGUGUUUGCAGACAAAACAUGCAAAAAGAUGCCUCUAAGGUAUUUAUAAAGUGACCUUUUUCAUUUAAAGUAAUGUGAUAAUGUUUUUCUAACUUGUCUCUGUGGUGUGUAAAUAUUACAGAACUUUGGCGUCUUGUUCAGGCUUUAAAAUGUGUCUGCUGGGUCGCACUGGCUCUGUGGCCGGGUUGUUAUGGUCGAGGUGUAAAUAAUUCUUCUUCACCAUGUUAACUGAGCUUUUUCCGUGAAGGAAAAGAUAUAAGUUAAUUGACUUUUUUUUUCUUUAGUUGGAUCCAGGAACUGUUGUUAUGUUCUAAUUAUAUUUGAGUUACACAAAAAAGGCAACUGUUGGUGAAAUGUUUUGUAUCCAGAAGUGUGAGAUAAUAAAACGAUGCUGUCAUUUUG